GAAUAUGGUAUAAAAGGUACUUCGGAAGUGACUACAGUAUCACACCUCAUCUAUCUUAAUCAUGUUCACCAAGACUGUUGUUGCCCUCGCCCUCGUGGCUGUUGCUGCCUCUGCUCCUUCUCAACCAGCCUAUGGAUAUGCUCCUCAGCCAGCCUAUGAGGUCCCUGCCAAGUACGACUUCAACUAUGCAGUGAAGGACGACUACUCCGGCAACGACUUUGGUCAUCAGGAAGCUCGCGACGGUUACGAUACUCAGGGUUCUUACUACGUUCUCCUUCCCGACGGUCGUCUGCAGAAGGUCGCCUACACUGUCAACGGUGACUCCGGUUACGUGGCCGAGGUCAGCUACGAGGGUGAGGCCCAGUACCCUGAGUACAAACCUGCAUACAAGCCUGCCCCUGCCUACGCCUAGAUGAACAUUUAGUGACUAUUUAUAAUGGAUAUUUAUUAAAAUGAGAGUCUACUAA